UGAAACUUCAAAAUCUAGGUCAAGCCAAACCAUCUAAUGUUGGCUUUCAGGCAUCUCAAGCUGUUGACGAGGACAAUUAUUUAGUAACUUUUUCUCCAAAGAAGAACAAAGUAGAAAGAUUGCCUCCAACUUCUAAACACAUGCAGCAGUCUCUUAGUGCAUUUCAUGUGGCCAAAGAUAGUGAAAAAUAUAAAGAAACUAAGAAAAAAUAUGAUUUUGAUACCUUUAAGGAAAGGCUGAGUGAGGAGAUAGCCUUGAAGCAGUCCUCCCAUUUAG